ACUUUCCGUAAAUAAUUUUUUUCAAGAAAUUUUCCUAAAUUUUUUUUUUGUGUGCCAAAUGAAAUAAUUCGAAUUUCAAUCAACCAACAAAAUGUCGAAACAUAUAAAUACACAUUUAUUUUUUCAUAUGAACGAUUCAAGUAGUUCAAAACAAAAAGAUUCUGGCCAAUCAUCAUCAACCGGCGGGGGUGGAGGUUCGAAACCAAAAAAACCACCAAGUACAUUGAUAAGUGGCUAUGAAAUUGAUACAAAUCCACCAUUGCCAUCAGAAUCGGGUGAUUAUUAUGAUUAUUAUACAAAUUAUGGUAUACCAGAAUAUUAUGGACAAAUAUCACCAUCAGCAUCAUCGCCACCAUAUGCAUAUUAUAAUCAUGAUUAUCCUGAACAUCAGCAGCAGCAACAACAACAACAACAAAGACAACCAUCAUCAUCUUACUAUGGUUAUGAUGAUUAUUAUAAUCGACCGGAUAAUGAUACAAAUAAUUAUCACCAAAAUGAUCAACAAAUCAGCUAUGAACAACAACAUAAUAAUGGUCGUGUAUCAUAUGGCCGUGUUUAUGAUGAUUACUCGAACCAUCGAGGUGGCAAUAGUCAAUCGAUGGCAUUUAAUUAUCCAAUAAAUAAUAAUUACAAUAAUCAACAUCAUUUACAAGCACCAUUAAUAUCACCACCAAUUUAUGAUUCAACAAAACGUUCAUCACCAUUAUCAAUUGGUGGUAAUGAUUUAAAUCACCAUCAAUGGUCACAUCCACCAUCAUCAUCGUCAUAUCGUAAUAAUAAUGAUCAUCAUCAUCGUGGCCUUAGUACAUUUGCACAUAAAUUACAUCGUAUUACAUUUGUUGAAGCUUGUAUAUUUCAACCGCCUGAUUUACCAUCACCAGUACGUGCCAUUGGUGGUGGUGGUGGUGGUCAACAACGUUCAUUACCACCACCAUCACUACCAUCAUCACAACAACAACCACCAUUAUUACCACCAUCGAUACCUUCCAUAUUACAACAACAACAACAACAAGGUGAACGUUCACCAACAUCAACCGGUGGUACACAAUAUUACCAGGAAUGGACAUCGAAACAUAUGCGUCAUCUGUGUUCACGUUUCGAGAAACCAGAUCAACAACAAUUAUUAAUGAAUGUUGAACGUAAAUCAAAAUAUCCAUUUAUAAUACUUUGCACACCGGAACCAACGGCGGCCAUUUCAACUUUGUUAUCAAAAUCAUCAUCAUCAUCAUGUUCAUCGUCAACAGCUACAACAACUGGAACAGCAACAAAAACCUCAGCACCAGCAACUGGAAAUCAUCAUCGAUAUCAUCGUGAAUUAAGUCAUAAUUCAUCAACAGUAUAUAGUAUAGAUGAUAAUGAUGAUAAUUUAAUCGUUGGUGGUAAUGGUGGUGAUUUGUUAGAUGAUAUUAUCGAUGAUGAUUUAUUGGAUGAUAAUGAUAUUGAUGAUGAUGAUCGAAGAUUGAUGGGUGCUGGUCCCGAAGAAGAAGAACAUUGGAUCACACAAAAACAACGUGAUAGUGUUAAUAGUCAUUAUUUACCACCACCACCACCACCAUUAUUAAUGCCACAUAUAUGGCCUGAAAUACGUUAUAUUGAUGGAUUGUAUACGGUUUGUGCAUCAAUUGUUCGUCCCGGUUCCGGUGUUCCGUGUGAAUUUGAUGAAUAUCUUUAUUCUGAUAUUAACAAUCAUUAUUCAUCAUCAUUCGAUCAUCAUCAACCUGGACAAGGAAAACAUAUUUCAUUUCAAGAUACAGCAUCAAUGAAACAAUCGGCAACAACAUCAAAUCAUCAUCAUCAUCAUCAUCAUCAAACAUCAUCAAGACCAGCUGGUUAUAUUGUAUCAGCGUUUGCAACAUUUCCUGGUGAAGAUAGUGAUCGUUUAGAAAAAAAUUGGUUAUUUUGGACCGGUGCACGAAUACUGUAUAAAUAUCUACCAACAUGUGUAGGGCUACGAAGGCUGAUAUUUCUGAAACGUUGUCCAGAUAUGUAUCGUGAAGAUCUGAUGACUAAUCAUCAUCAACAAAGUAAAAUGAAACCGACAAUUUUCACCGGUUUCACUUAUGUAUUACUAUGUGAAUGUUUCAAUUUAAAAGAAUCAUAUAUUGCUUCGGUUUGUACGACAAUCGAUCAAUUACGUGCACGUUGUUGUGGUUAUUCUGCACUGUAUCUGACACAUUUUCAACAAAAAUUACAACAACAACAACCAUCGCAUCAUUUUCAGCGUCAAUACUCACAACAACAAUCGCAUCAUUCUCAACAGCAGCAACAACAACAGCAACAAUAUCAUCAUUAUCAACAACAACAACAACAACAAUUCCAUCCAGACAAACCACAAGCUGAAAUAAAUCACAAGAUAAAUUCGAAUCCAAUAAAUUACCAAAACGAAACGGGAAAAAAAUGGAUAAAUCAACAACAACAUUAUGUUUAA